GCUUCAAGAGAAGGAUUCAGGAAGUAGGGGGCGAGCCAGCCUGACUACGAUACAGCGUAGAAACUACAAUUCCCAGCUGGCAGCUGGGCCGCAAACCUCCGCCGCACAGGAAAGCGGGCAGAAGACUCCUGUGCGCGCGGUGGGGAUGGAACGUUACUAGAGUUCGCGGGUCUAGCUACUGGGGGCCGGCGCUGAGCGGUCGGAGCUGCAGCGCGCCAAAGCCGGAAUCCGAAGCAGCAGCUCCGCAAUUAAUGCACGUAUUUAAAACUCCUGAAUCGGUAGACGCCAUGCACAGGAAACACCUCCAGGAGAUUCCGGACCAAAGUAGCAACGUUACCACCAGCUUCACGUGGGGAUGGGAUUCUAGCAAGACUUCUGAACUGCUCUCAGGCAUGGGGGUCUCCGCCCUAGAGAAGGAGGAGGUGGACAGUGAAAAUAUCCCCCAGGAACUGCUUUCCAGCCUGAGUCACCCUCAGAGCCCCCCACGAAAACGGCUGAAGAGCAAGGGGAAUGACAAGGACUUUGUGAUUGUUCGUAGACCCAAGCUAAAUCGAGAGAACUUUCCAGGCGUUUCAUGGGACACCCUUCCAGAUGAGCUGCUUUUGGGCAUCUUCUCCUGUUUAUGUCUCCCUGAACUCCUAAAAGUCUCCGGUGUUUGUAAGAGGUGGUAUCGCCUGGCGAUUGAUGAGUCUCUGUGGCAGACCUUAGACCUCACAGGUAAAAGUCUGCACCCAGAUGUGAUUGUUCGGUUGCUGUCUCGAGGGGUCAUUGCCUUCCGCUGCCCACGGUCAUUUAUGGACCAACCAUUAGUUGAAAAUUUCAGCACUUUUCGUGUCCAGCACAUGGAUCUGUCAAACUCUGUAAUAAAUGUGUCUACCCUCCAUGACAUUCUGUCUCAGUGCUCCAAGCUGCAGAAUCUAAGUCUGGAAGGCCUACAGCUUUCAGAUCCCAUUGUCAGUAAUCUUGCGCAGAACUCAAAUUUAGUGCGACUAAACCUUUGUGGGUGUUCUGGAUUCUCCGAAUCUGCCCUGAAGGCUUUGCUAAGUAGCUGUUCCAGGUUGAAUGAGCUGAACCUCUCCUGGUGUUUUGACUUCACUGAAAAGCACGUGCAAGUUGCUGUGGCACAUGUGUCAGAGACCAUCACCCAGCUGAAUCUGAGCGGCUACCGAAAGAAUCUACAGAAAUCAGAUGUCUCUACCUUAGUUAGAAGAUGCCCCAAUCUUGUCCACCUAGACUUAAGUGACAGUGUCAUGCUAAAGAAUGACUGCUUUCAGGAAUUUUACCAGCUCAACUACCUCCAACACCUAUCACUCAGUCGAUGCUAUGACAUAAUACCUGAAACUUUACUUGAACUUGGAGAAAUUCCCACAUUAAAAACACUACAAGUUUUUGGAAUCGUGCCAGACGGUACCCUUCAAGUGUUGCAGGAAGCCCUUCCUCAUCUACAGAUUAAUUGUUCCCAUUUCACCACCAUUGCCAGGCCAACUAUUUGCAAUAAAAAGAGCCAGGAGAUAUGGGGAAUCAAAUGCCGACUAUCACUGCAAAAGCCCGGUUGUGUAUGAAGUAUUUACUACAAGAUGGUGUCUCCUUUUUCUGUGGAACAGGGAAAAUAGAUAGGAACCCCAAAUGCUGGAGCCCUCAACUAUUUUUAUUCCAGAUUUUUCUUUAGCCUUCGUUCUGCAAGCGUCUUGCGUUAGAAGAUGAUUUGAGAGCAAAAACUAUGAAGUAUUGCUUUUUUGAAAUGACUAUAAAAGCUUCUGACUCGGCCGUUCCUUUAAAAGCCUAAGUUGUAGGUCUUUUGAAAUUUUAGGAGAAUGAGCCUAUCAUUUCAAGCUCCCUUCAAGAGCAAAAUUUGAGCCACCUCUUCCAAGUGCCAUUCUUAUUAAGUCUAUUUAGAAUCAAGCUAAAAAUCACUACUAGCAGAUAGUUUUCAUAGCCUGUAUGGUAACUUGACUUUUUUCUAUUUAAUGUUUCAGUAUUGCUUUAUAAGACAUAGAUUGGAAGAAAAAUAAGCUAUUUGUAUUGUUAGCUAAACGGCAAGGGAAUCGUAGCGUAAUAGCAUUUGACGCAAUCUCUUCUGGGGAAAAAAAAAGAAAAAGUUGCAUUUCAGCUUUGACUUUGGAUUUGAUAUUAGGUUCAUGUGAACCAUAUAGUCCCAUGGAAUUUACCAUAAACCUAAAAAGCAAAACAAAACAGGUAUAGAACUGAUACAGAAUUUGAAGUUUCAAAAGGUAAUUUUUUAUGACAUUAAUUUGAGGUGUCUUAAUUUACAUGAGGUACUGUUUUCUGAGAAUUCUAAAUUAGUUGAGGGAGUACAAUUGUGGUUCGCUAACUUUAUAAUCAAAUUGUUAACAUGGGUCUUUUAGCUUUUAAAAUGGCUUGCUUUGUUUCAGAAAGGUUAUAUUAACCAAUCAGUCGCUAUUCUUGAAAUGUUGAAUGGAAUGCUGAAGUGAAGUUGCCUGCUGUUCUUCCUUAUUGCUGAGGUUCUUGAGGUUAUUUUUAUAUUAUCCUGGAAUCAAGUACUUUAAUUGCCUUUUUAAAAAUGAUCUCCCACAACAAUGGCUUGAAACUACGCAUUUUAUAAAGUUACUGAACCUAAAGUUCCCUGAAAGGAACUAGAGGUUCCUUUCUGUCAGAAAUACACACUCAAAGCAGGCCUGUAGAGUUUCAGAGCAGGAAGUACUACAUCUGUAUAAAAGUUACAACUCAGGUGUUGAUCCUUUUGAUAGCAUAGGUGCUAAAACAAAAACUGGUAUGUAGCAGCGGAAAGACUAAAUUAUGCUUUAAAAAAAGAAACAAGCUAAUUUCUUGUUUAAAUUGAUGACUGUUCCAUAUGUUCAAAUUGGAACCAAAAAAACCCAUCAUUCUUAUUAACAUUAUCGAUCUUUUUUUUUUUUAAUUGUAUUUUUCAAAUGUUAGAAACAAUAGGAUGAAGUGCCCUUAUCUGCUCAGACCGAAGGAAGAAUAUUUUGGAGUAGUGUUAUGCAGGAAAUGAUUAUGUUUCAAUUUUUUAGUUGAAGAGUGCUAAAUACUACUUGAAAUUAUUGUUUACAGAUUAAUGACAAGGGCUGGUGAUGGGAUCCGGUUGGACUGUGACUUACGGAUGUCCUCAAACAUACAGUACUUCCAAACUCAAGUCCAGCCAUAAGCUAUUUUGCUAAGAUGUCAAAGUAAUCUGUAUUUUUAUAUGUGAUUUCUACUUUUAUAGAUUUGUUUUAAAAUAAAACACAUUUUUAUAAAAAUGA